CUCAGGCAGUCUGCUCCGAAUCACCAUGCCAGCGAUGACCACCAUCUUGCCCAUGAAGACUUACAACCCUUCGCACAAUGGCCGAGUGUGCAGCACAUGGGGCGCCUUCCACUACAAGACUUUUGACGGGGACAUCUUCCGCUUUCCUGGCCUCUGCAAUUACAUCUUCUCCUCCCACUGCAAGUCUGCCUACGAAGACUUUAACAUCCAGGUGCGGCGCUCGCCAGGGCCCAAUGCCACCACGACUGUGAGCCACAUCACACUGAAGCUUGAAGGGACCGUGGUGGAAAUGAGCCCGGCUGCCAUCCUGGUCAACGGCAAGCCGGUUCAGCUGCCUUUCAGCCAAUCCGGCAUCCUGAUCGAGAACAGCAGCAGCUAUGUGAAGGUCACAGCCAAGCUGGGCCUCGAAUUCAUGUGGAACCAAGAUGAUGGGCUCCUGCUGGAACUAGAUGCCAAGUAUGCCAAUCAGACCUGUGGCCUCUGUGGAGAUUUCAACGGCAUCCCCACCUACAGCGAGUUCUUCUCCAAUAAUGUCAGACUGACAGCAGUCCAGUUUGGGAACAUGCAGAAGAUGGACGGGCCCACGGAGCAAUGCCUGGACCCCCUACCAACAGCCCUACACAACUGCACAGAUGCCUUUGAUAUCUGUGAGACCACCCUCAACAGUGCUCCCUUCUUCACCUGCCAUGCCCUAGUAAAUGUCAGCAGCUACGUGGAGGCCUGCCGCCAAGACUCGUGCCUCUGUGACAAAGGCCAGCACAGCUCCUGUAUCUGCAGCACCCUUGCAGAGUAUUCCCGGCAGUGCGCCUACGCUGGCGGGCAGCCCAUGAACUGGAGGGCCCCAGACCUGUGCCCCAAGACCUGCCACUUGAAUAUGCAAUACCAUGAGUGCAGCUCCCCCUGCAUGGACACCUGCUCCAACCCUGACCAGUCAGCACUCUGUGAAGAACACUGCAUGGAUGGCUGCUUCUGUCCCUCAGGAACUGUCUUCGAUGACAUCGGCAGCCAAGGCUGUGUCCCAGUGAGUCAAUGCUUCUGUGUGCACAGCGGACAGUCUUAUGCCCCUGGAGCCUUUCGCUCCACCGAAUGCACCAACUGCACCUGCUCUGGAGGCCAGUGGAGCUGCCAGGAUCUCCCCUGCCCCGGUACCUGCUCUGUGACUGGUGGCUCCCACUUCUCCACCUUUGAUGACAAGCAUUACACAGUCCAUGGGGACUGCAGCUAUGUCCUGGUCAAGCCCUGCGAUGACAAGGCCUUCGCGGUCCUGACAGAGCUGCGCAAGUGUGGACUGACUGACAGCGAGACCUGCCUCAAGAGUGUGUCCCUCAGCAUCGGCAGCAGACAGACAGUGAUCGUGGUCAAGUCCACUGGGGAGGUGUUUGUGAACUCUAUUUAUAGCCAGCUGCCUGUCUCAGCAGGCAAUGCCACCCUCUUCAGACCUUCGUCCUCUUUCAUCAUUGCUCAGACCAACCUGGGUCUUCAGCUGACCAUCCAGCUCAUCCCUAUCAUGCAAAUCUUUGUAAGACUGGAGCCAUCCCUGCGGGGGCUGACCUGCGGUCUCUGUGGGAAUUUCAAUAGCAUCCAGGCUGAUGAUUUCAAGACCAUGAGUGGGGUGGUAGAAGGCACGGCCGCCGCCUUUGUCAACACCUACAAGACACAAGCCAACUGUCCCAAUAUCAAGAAUCACUUUGAGGACCCGUGCACACUCAGUGUGGAGAAUGAGAAAUAUGCACAGCACUGGUGUGGCCUGCUUACCGACACGCAGGGACUCUUUGCCAAGUGCCAUGCAGUGGUCAGCCCUUCCAUUUACCAUUCGAAUUGCAUGUUCGACACAUGCAACUGUGAGAAGAGUGAGGACUGUCUGUGUGCUGCGCUGUCCUCCUACGUGCAAGCCUGUGCUGCCCGGGGAGUACUGCUGAGUGGCUGGAGGGCCGGGGUCUGCACCAAGAGCGUGACCUCAUGCCCCAAGUCCCUGAUGUACCACUACAACGUCACCACUUGCCAGCCCACCUGCCGCUCUCUUAGUGAGCCUGACGUCACCUGCAGUAUCAAGUUCGGCCCCGUGGACGGCUGUACCUGCCAGGAAGGCACCUUCAUGGAUGACAAGGGCAAAUGUGUGCCUGCGGCCAGCUGCCCAUGCUACUACCAAGGGUCUGCUGUUCCAAACGGAGAGUCUGUCCAUGACAAUGGGGACAUGUGCACUUGUACCCAAGGCAGACUGAACUGCAUUGGAGGCCAGGUCCCAAAGCCAGCCUGCGCUGCCCCCAUGGUCUACUUUAAUUGCAGCAAGGCCUCGGCAGGAGCGACCGGAGCUGAGUGUCAAAAAAGCUGCCACACCCUGGACAUGCACUGUUAUAGCAGCCAGUGUGUCUCUGGUUGCAUGUGUCCAGAUGGGCUGGUGUCUGAUGGAGAAGGAGGCUGUGUCCACAAGGAUCAGUGCCCAUGUGUCCACAAUGAGGCCAGAUACCAUGCUGGGGAGACCAUUCAGGUGGAGUGCAACACCUGCACCUGUAAGAAUCAAAUGUGGCAGUGUACGAAUGAGUCCUGCUUGGCCACAUGUGCUGUGUAUGGUGAUGGUCACUACAUCACCUUUGAUGGCCAGCGCUAUAGCUUCAAUGGAGACUGCGAGUACACACUGGUCCAGGACCGCUGUGGGAAGAAUAUCAGUGCCAAGGGGACUUUCCGAGUCAUCACAGAGAACAUUCCCUGCGGGACCACAGGCACUACCUGCUCCAAGACCAUCAAGAUCUUCUUUGGGGGCUAUGAGCUGAAACUCAGUGAAGGGAAGGUAGAAGUGAUAGAGAAGAAAGGUGCCAAGGGAGAGCCGCCUUACAGCAUCCACCAGAAGGGCAUCUACCUGAUCGUGGACACCAACCUUGGGCUGGUGCUGCUGUGGGACAAGAAGACCAGCAUCUUCAUCCAGCUCAGCCCAGACUUCAAGGGGAAGGUCUGCGGCCUCUGCGGGAAUUAUGAUGGUAACAGCAUGAAUGACUUCACCACCAGGAGCCUCUCGGUGGUGGGCGACGUGCAGGAAUUCGGGACCAGCUGGAAGAUGUCCCCCUCCUGCCCGGAUGCCGGCCCCACCAGGGACCCCUGCACCGCCAACCCUUACCGCAAGGCCUGGGCCCAGAAGCAGUGCAGCAUCAUCAACAGCGCCAUCUUCGCCACCUGCCAUCCUCAUGUUGAACCCACCAGAUACUAUGAGGCUUGUGUGUCAGAUGCAUGCGCCUGUGACACCGGGGGAGACUGUGAGUGCUUCUGCACAGCUGUGGCCGCCUAUGCCCAAGCCUGCAAUGAGAUCAAUGUCUGUGUCUCCUGGAGGACGCCCAGUAUCUGCCCUCUCUUCUGUGACUACUAUAAUCCCAAUGGCUCCUGUGAGUGGCACUACCAGCCCUGUGGUGCUCCCUGCAUGAGGACCUGUCACAACCCGAGUGGGAAGUGCUCUCACAACAUCCGAGGGCUAGAAGGCUGCUACCCCAAGUGCCCUCCAAAGACCCCCAUCUUUGAUGAGGAUAAGAUGGAGUGUGUCCAGAGCUGUGCUCCCUGCUACAUCGAAGGAAGGUACUACCCACCAGGCUCCCCAGUACCCUCGGACAAGAACUGCCAAUCAUGCUCAUGCACCGAGGCGGGCAUCAAGUGCACUUAUGACUCAAAGGCAUGCAUCUGCACUUACAAAGGAAAGUCUUUCCUCCCUGGGGAUAUCAUUUACAACACCACAGAUGGCACUGGGGGCUGCAUCAUUGCCAACUGCAGUGCCAAUGGCACUAUUGAGGGCACCGUGCAUGACUGUACCCUCACCACCUCAGCUCCCUCCACCACCUUUGCCUUCUCUGACACCACCACACCAGUACCAACUGUAACCAGGGUGAACACAAAACGAUUCACUAUUUCCGCCACUAACACCAGUAUCACAACAGGAACUUCCUUUGAAAGUGUCAGUACACCUGGCAUGACAUCUGAAACCACAACGUGUGAUGAAGUCUGCACUUGGUCCCCUUGGCUGGAUGUCAGCCACCCAGGAUCAGGAGCUAACAGCGGCGAUUUUGAUACUCUGGAGAAUAUCAGGGCAGAGGGCUACAGAGUGUGCAGAUCGCCAAAGGAGGUAGAAUGUAGGUCUGCAGAGUUCCCUGCUGUGCCAUGGCAGGACCUCAACCAAACUGUGGAGUGCAGCAGAGCCCAGGGGCUGAUCUGUCACAAUACGGAUCAGGUGUCUGGAAAAUGUGACAACUACCACAUCAGAAUUUUAUGCUGCUUUUCUCAACCGUGUACUCGCCACAAGGUCACAGCUCUCACAACAGCAGCCCAUUCAGGAAGCACAGUUGCUCAUGGCACAUCUAUUUCAAGACCACCGACAACGCCAGAACCCAAAGGAAUCUCAGGGAAUCACCUGACCAAAUCAACUGCCACUCCAUCAACAAGGGAAACUAAGACAAUAACAAAACUCUCUCCUUCACCAGAGACACCGGGAACCAGCAGUCACUCUCCUGAUGUGACACCUAGGCAGGUGACAAUGUUACCACUGACAAAUUCAUGUCUACGAGAAGUCUGUGAAUGGACACCCUGGAUAGAUGGGAGUUAUCCUGAGUCAGAUAUAAAUGGGGGAGACUUUGAUACAUUUAAGGAUUUAAGAGCAAAAGGCUACAAAUUUUGUGAGGUCCCCACAGCAGUGGAAUGCAGAGCUGAAAGCUUCCCCAACACACCUUUGAAUGAGCUGGAACAGAAUGUGACUUGUAGCAAGACAGAAGGAUUGCUGUGCUUAAACAAAGAUCAGCUCCCACCGAUAUGCUACAAUUAUGAGAUCCGGAUACAGUGUUGUUCAAAGAAAGAUUUCUGUCACUCGGGAGGAGAGAGCAGGCAAAAAAAUACAACAUCUCCUACACAGCCUCCAAGAUCAAGUGGAGUGCAUUCAACUAGGACAGAAAGAAAGCCUACAGAGACCCCAAGCUGCCAACGACACGUUCCCCCUCCACACGCAAACGGAAAGCCAUCCUCACCUCCUACAGCCACAACCGCUGAAACAGCGAGCCAAUCACCGGCUCCCAGCUGCCAGCCACAGUGCUCAUGGACCAAGUGGUUUGAUGUGGAUUUCCCCUCAUCGGGACCCAAUGGUGGAGAUGUGGAAACCUACAACAACAUCAUGGCAAGAGGAGAGAAAAUCUGCCACCAGCCGGAAUACAUUACACGGCUUGAAUGUCGAGCAGAGAACUAUCCCCAUGUUAACAUUGAGAAAAUAGGACAGGUGGUGGAAUGUAAUGCUGACUAUGGGCUCAUCUGCAGGAACCAGGAUCAGAAGGGGACAUUCAAGACGUGUUUUAAUUAUGAGAUUCGUGUCCUCUGCUGUGAGCCAAUGAAGAACUGCCCCAAUACCACUGCUACAUCUGCAAACACUCCCAUUACCACAUCAGUCACCACGAAGCCGAGUCCCGAGACAACCUCCCAUGUUGUGGCCACCACAAGCAACUCGGUUCCAUCUUCACCCACAACCACAAUAACAGCGGUUCCCACUUCACACGCAAAAGGAAAGCCAUCCUCACCUCCUACAGCCACAACCGCUGAAACAGCGAUCCCAUCACCGGCUCCCAGCUGCCAGCCACAGUGCUCAUGGACCAAGUGGUUUGAUGUGGAUUUCCCCUCAUCGGGACCCAAUGGUGGAGAUGUGGAAACCUACAACAACAUCAUAGCAAGAGGAGAGAAAAUCUGCCACCAGCCGGAAUACAUUACACGGCUUGAAUGUCGAGCAGAGAACUAUCCCCAUGCUAACAUUGAGAAAAUAGGACAGGUGGUGGAAUGUAAUGCUGACUAUGGGCUCAUCUGCAGGAACCAGGAUCAGAAGGGGACAUUUAAGACGUGUUUUAAUUAUGAGAUUCGUGUCCUCUGCUGUGAGCCAAUGAAGAACUGCCCCAAUACCACUGCUACAUCUGCAAACACUCCCAUUACCACAUCAGUCACCACGAAGCCGAGUCCUGAGACAACCUCCCAUGUUGUGGCCACCACAAGCAACUCGGUUCCAUCUUCACCCACAACCACAAUAACAGCGGUUCCCACUUCACACGCAAAAGGAAAGCCAUCCUCACCUCCUACAGCCACAACCGCUGAAACAGCGAGCCCAUCACCGGCUCCCAGCUGCCAGCCACAGUGCUCAUGGACCAAGUGGUUUGAUGUGGAUGUCCCCUCAUCGGGACCCAAUGGUGGUGAUGUGGAAACCUACAACAACAUCAUGGCAAGAGGAGAGAAAAUCUGCCACCAGCCGGAAUACAUUACACGGCUUGAAUGUCGAGCAGAGAACUAUCCCCAUGUUAACAUUGAGAAAAUAGGACAGGUGGUGGAAUGUAAUGCUGACUAUGGGCUCAUCUGCAGGAACCAGGAUCAGAAGGGGACAUUCAAGACGUGUUUUAAUUAUGAGAUUCGUGUCCUCUGCUGUGAGCCAAUGAAGAACUGCCCCAAUACCACUGCUACAUCUGCAAACACUCCCAUUACCACAUCAGUCACCACGAAGCCGAGUCCUGAGACAACCUCCCAUGUUGUGGCCACCACAAGCAACUCGGUUCCAUCUUCACCCACAACCACAAUAACAGCGGUUCCCACUUCACACGCAAAAGGAAAGCCAUCCUCACCUCUUACAGCCACAACCGCUGAAACAGCGAGCUCAUCACCGACUCCCAGCUGCCAGCCACAGUGCUCAUGGACCAAGUGGUUUGAUGUGGAUUUCCCCUCAUCGGGACCCAAUGGUGGAGAUGUGGAAACCUACAACAACAUUAUCGGAAAAGGAGAGAAAAUCUGCCAGAGACCUGAAUACAUUACAAGGCUUCAGUGUCGAUCAGAGAACCAUCCCCAUACUGAGAUUGAAAAAAUAGGACAGGUGGUUGAGUGCAACCCUGACUAUGGCCUAAUCUGCCGGAACCAGGAUCAGGAAGGAACCUUGAAGAUGUGUUUGAACUAUGAGAUCCGGGUUCUCUGCUGUGAGCCAGUGGAAUCCUGUCCUUUAGCAGUGUCCAGCUCAAGCUUUCCACCAAGCAUUUCCAAGAAUGCAUCAGCCACAACCUCUGCUCCAAAUAGUAUGUUCCCACCUGUACGUGUUUCCACAUCCUUUACCACCUUGUCUCCACAAUCAAGUUCGUCAUGUUACUGUUUCUUGUCUGGGAAAGUCUAUCGGUCUGGAACUCUCAUAUACAACCAGACAGAUCACACAGGGCAUUGUUACUCUGCUCUUUGCAACAAAGACUGUAGUGUGAGAAGGAUAGCAACAAUCUGCCCCACUUCAGCUCCUGCUCCCGUCCUAUCCCAAUCAUCAUCAACCUCUGCAUCGGCAGCCACGGCCACAGUCACAGCCACAUCAUCAUCCACUCUCACGUUGCCAUCAGCAUCUUCAUCUCUCUCUCCAGUCACGCCAACAAAGUCGAGAGAUUGUCUGAAUGCAGUACCACCCAGAAAAAAAGGAGAGACCUGGUCCAUACACAAGUGCAAGAAAGCCACCUGUGAGGGUGAUGAUGUGAUCACACUGACACCUGUGAGCUGCCCUGCGGUGAAGAAGAUGUCCUGUGCUAAUGGCUACCCUCCUGUGAAGGUCUAUGAUGAUGCUGAGCACUGCUGCUACCAUUAUGAGUGUCAAUGUGUGUGCAGUGGCUGGGGAGAUCCUCACUACAUCACCUUUGAUGGUGUCUACUACACUUUCUUGGACAACUGCACAUAUGUGCUAGUGCAGCAAAUCCACUCCGUCUAUGACCACUUCCGGGUGCUCAUUGACAACUACUUCUGUGGUGCCCGGGAUGGCCUGUCCUGCCCUCGGUCGAUCACUGUUGAGUACAAAGGCAAUCGCGUUGUGCUCAUCCGGACUUUGGUCCACGGAGUGAUGGAGAAUGAGGUUAUCUUCAACAACAGGACUGUCAGUGCAGGGUUCAAGAAAGAUGGCAUUGUGAUCUCCACCCUGGGCAUUAAGAUGUUUGUCACCAUCCCGGAGAUUGGUGUCCAGGUCAUGUUCAGCGGGCUGCUCUUUUCAGUUGAGGUGCCUUUCACCAAGUUUGGCAACAACACAGAAGGGCAGUGUGGGACAUGUACCAAUGACAAGAAAGAUGAGUGCCGCCUACCUGAUGGGAAGAUUGUGUCCUCCUGCUCUCAAAUGUCUGGCUCCUGGAAGUACCAUGUGCCCAACCAGCCUUACUGCUAUGGACCAUCCCCCACUCCCACCCCCACAAUACCUUCCCGUACAACACCCAAGUCAUGCCCACCUUCUCUUCUCUGCAAGCUGAUUAUGAGCAAGGUCUUUGAAGCAUGUCAUCAUGUCAUACCACCAGAGCCCUACUUUGAGGGUUGUGUGUAUGACCAAUGCCACAUCCCUGAAGGCAGAGUAUGGUGCUCAGGCUUGGAGCUGUAUGCAUCCCUCUGUGCAGCACAAGGCGUGUGUAUCGAGUGGAGGCACGAGACCCAGGGUCAAUGUUCCCUUACCUGUCCUGGUAACAAAGCAUACCAGGCAUGUGGUCCAAUCUACCCGCACACCUGCCAAAAUCCUCAGGGAAGCAUCAACACCAGCCUGAUCAUUGCUGAUGACAUCAGCCUGUUAACAGAAGGAUGCUUCUGCCCCAAUGGCACCACACUCUUCAGCUCCAACUCCAACAUCUGUGUGCCAGCCACACCACUUGAGUGCCACACCUGGUGCACGGGCCCCAGUGGAGAGCCUGUGGAGCCUGGAGCUGCAGUGUCCUCUGGUCCCUGUGAAACGUGCAGCUGUGUCCCUGAUAGCAACCCAGAGUCCAAGACCUAUGUCAUCAAGUGUGAGGCCAAAGUCUGUGACACCCACUGUCCAGUGGGCUCCAAGUACCAAGAGAGGUCGGGCCAGUGCUGUGGUGAAUGUGUGCAGGUGGCCUGUGUGGUGCAAGUCAAUGACAGCUCGGUGCAGCUGGUCCAGCCAGGAAAAACCUGGUCUAGGCCUGGGAAUAAAUGUGUUCAGUAUGAGUGUGAAGAGGUCAAUGGCCAGCUCAUUUUGGUGACUGUGAAGAAGGCCUGUCCCCCUACCCUCUGCUCCCCGGACCAAGUCAGAAGGAGCGAAGAUGGCUGCUGCCUUGUGUGCCCAUCACCGUCCCAGGUUUAUCCUUGUGCCAUGGGUCGCCAUACUCAAGUCAUCCGGAAGGGCAGCUGCAACUCCUCCACCCCGCUGGAAGUGACCUACUGCCAGGGGAACUGCGGAGACACAAUGUCCAUCUACUCCUUCGAGGCCAACGUGGUGGAACAUCGCUGCCAGUGCUGCCGAGAGCUGAGGACCAGUCAGAGGAACGUGUCUCUGAGCUGCCCAGAUGGCUCCCACCUGGCCUUUGCCUUCACCCAGGUGGAGGAGUGUGGCUGCCAGAGCUCACGGUGUGACAGUCUAGACAUCAAGAGUAGUGACAAGGAGGAUGAGUCAGCCCCGAGCCAAGAGCAGGGAACCCUGGUGCACCAGGAUGAGCAGAGCCUGCACCGGCGAAGAGCUGCACCCAGCUCCCAGCCCCGGAGAUAAAAGGGCCCCAAGACCGCUUUGGGUGAGGGCUGGGGACAAAGCCCCCAGGCCCCCAGGCCCAGCCUCCUAGACAUCUCUGUUUCCUCCUCAUUUCAACUUCCAUUACUGACAUAGCUUAAGCCUCUCUGGGACCACUCCCGGAUGCUUCCAGAGUCACUGGCAGCUUCCCCCUUUGCCACCUGCAGCUGGCCCUGUCUGGCUAGAAUGCCAGCGUAGGCAAGUGGCUGGCAGGAUGAGACCUGUGUGCUAGCUUCCUGGGCAUCCGACGGGGGAAGCUGAUGCUGUCUGGGUGUCUGCGGCUGACUGGCACCAGCCACACUGCUCUGGGCUUUCCCCAUGGCUCGCCAGUUGGGCUUCCAUGUGUCCGCUACUAGGCGCAACAGCACUGACUGUCACAAGCGCUGGUCAAUCCCCUCUGGAGCCCCUAAGGCCCGGCCCCUCCCUCCCCUGCCCAGCACCUGUGCACAGCUGUUCUGUUUGUACCGGGCCCCACCACCACACCGCCAUGGUCCAGCCUUAUUCCUGAGCUGCUGGCCAACGUCUGCGCAGCCCAAAGUGAAAGGUUCUCUGAGACCCAUUUGAAGUCAGGUAGCAGAAGUAGGGGGGUCUCUGAACAGACUUUGGGAGGCCUGGGUUGUAUCUGGCUCUGGACUCUUUCUCCUCAAGGGAGUGGGGUGCCAGGUAUGGCUCUGCUCCCUGCCCUCAUCCCUGGCCUGGCUGGGGCUCUGCUUGGGGACAGGCACCA